AUGCGAUCAGCAGUAAAUGUCGAAUUAAUUGGAAUUUAUGUACUUCGACUUCUCUGUUGGUGUUGCGCUGAAGUAAUUGCGGGUGGUGGUGCAUUGGACAGUUCAUCUGGAUAUCAUGCAAAAUCAAAUGAGGCAUCACAUCAUAUUCGUUCGACGACAUUCUCGCCAACAUUUGCUAAGGGUAUCGCUCAAGCUGUUGCUCAUGAUGCCUUACAGUCUCCUGUGGAUACUUGUAAUGAUGAUUUAGCAUGCAUAACAAUGGCAUCUCACGAUCGUUUAGGCUUAGAGGCUAUCAGAACGUUACAUAGUCAAUUGGAUGAUGAUGCCGAUGGUGAUGUCGAUUUAUCAGAGUCUGAUGAUGUAAGUUUGUCUACAGUAGUUCAAAAAACUUAUGUUUUCAUGUUUCUCAGGGAAGAAUUACAGUAUGAAGCUGGUUACGAACGACGUCAACGUGCUUUUCAUCAUAAUGAUGAUAUGCAUAUUAGUGUUAGGGAAUUAUGGGAGGCUUGGUUGAGAUCUGAAGUUCAUAAUUGGACGAUCGAACAGACUUCUGAGUGGUUGACUACAAAUGUUGAGCUUCCGCAAUAUGUUCCAAACUUUAUACAACAUCGUGUUACAGGAGCAACACUUCCUAGGUUUGAUAUUAACUAA